UGUCGAGCGGAAAAGGCUUUGAGGUCGACGCUCGAUGGGGGGCAGGGUUUUGUCAAACAAACAGGAAGAGGAGACCUGCGCGUUCACGUCUGCCCACCGUGAUCAAAAAGACCCCUGCGGCGCUUCUCUUUCUCCUUGUGGCGCGGCGAGGCGUGAAUUAAGCGAAUGAAGACUCAAACGCGCGCCCGAUAAAGCCAUUUCGACAAAAACAAACGACCCACCUACUCAUCAAGCAACCCGGGUCAAAGUGCACAGGAAGCUGGGGGGCUGCCAUCUUUAGCCUGCUGCUAAUGCUAGCGUCUAAACGUUAGAUGCAACAACGACGUAGAGGAGCGGUUCGUUUGGGGGGAUUUAGUAGCUAGCUGUCCUCGGUUCCAUUUCAAAUUGACAUCUCCGUCCUUUCUCGUACGACCCCGCCGCUCACGACCACCGUCAGUGGAUGCAUUCGGCAUGGAGAAGCUAUCGGAGCCGUCUUGGACUUCUUCGUACACCUACCAGGUGAGCAAGCACAGUGCGGAGAUGCUACACAACCUCGACGUCCAGAGGAAAGAUGGAGGCAGGUUCUGCGACGUGAUCCUGCGCGUCGGCGAGGAGAGCUUCCCCGCGCACAAGGCUGUGUUGGCGGCGUGUAGCGAGUAUUUCGAGUCCAUGUUUGGCCGCCAGCCGGAGGACGGCGACGCCAGGGAGCUGGAGAUGCACACGAUCAGCCCCAAAGUUUUCAAAGACAUCUUGGACUUUGCGUACACGUCAAGGAUCGUGGUGCGGCUCGAGUGCUUCCCGGAGUUGAUGACAGCCGCUAAGUUUCUACUGAUGCGCUCCGUCAUCGAGAUCUGCCAGGAGGUCAUCAAACAAUCUAAUGUGCAAAUCCUCGUCCCGUCGUCGCGGGGAGCAAACGCCAGCCUUUUCCAGGCGGCCGGGUCCGCGGAACUGGGCUUCUCGGUGGCCCAACAGCAGGAUUUGGUAAACGGGACGGCGCUGGUAGGCUUUGCUAACAAUGGACAUCAGGUGGAUGGGAGCGAAGCCGCGGCGGCCGCAGCCGUUUUGCUGGAGGACGCCGCCGAGGGAUCGAUGCCCAUUUUGCAACCCGUCCAAGGUCUGCCCAUGUCGCCAGAAACGACGACGUUACAUCACGACGCCGUUUCGAAAAGGGGCAGGGGGCGACCCAAGAAAGCCGGCGCCCCGGAAGAGCCCCUACACUUUAAUCACAACGCGCAGAAAAACAUCGUGCUUUUUCCUUGCGGCGCUUGCGGCAAAGCCUUUACUGAAGCCUCCCGACUGAAGAACCACGAGGCCCAACACGGAGCCACUAUCGGGGGCCGUUCGACGCAGAGCGGCAUGGCCCUGUUGGCACAAGAGAACGACGAUCAGUUCCACGGAGGGCUGGGGAUGGACAACGGCCGCAAGCGCGAGCGGACCCGGCGACACGUCGGCUGUGACAUUUGCGGCAAAGUGUUCCGCGACGUGUACCACCUGAAUCGGCACAAGCUGUCCCACUCCGGGGAGAAGCCGUACGCGUGUCAUGUGUGCGGUCUGCGUUUCAAACGUAAAGAUCGGAUGUCCUAUCACGUGCGUUCUCACGACGGCUCCGUGGGAAAACCGUACGUUUGUCAAAGCUGUGGCAAAGGAUUCUCUAGACCAGAUCACCUGAAUGGGCAUAUCAAACAAGUCCAUACAACAGAGAGACCCCACAAGUGCCAGAUUUGUAAUGCCUCUUUUGCUACAAGAGAUCGCCUCAGGUCACACCUCGCAUGUCAUGAGGACAAAAUUCCCUGCAAAGUUUGUGGGAAGUUCCUCCGAGCAGCUUAUAUGUCAGACCACCUCAAGAAACACAGCGAAGGAACACAUAACUACUGCGGCAUCUGCAACAAAGGUUUCUCCACUGCCUCCUACCUUAAGGUGCAUACAAAGACACACCAUGGCUCCUCACUGCCACCUUCUUCCGCGUUGCAUCCUUUCCCUGAGACAAGCGGGGAACUACAGAUGCACAACGGCGCCCCUUACCACAUGGGACGCCAGUUCUCAGUGGAAGACGCCAGUCGUCAGCUCGUCCUCUCCUCGCCCGAGGCAGGGGCUCGUUUUCAUGGGCUCCCUGGACAUCAAGUUCUCUCACAGCCUGGCCCACCAGACUUGGGUUCACAGCCUGAGCAGCUGCUUGUAGGGAAGCCAGGCGGGACUCCAUAUUUCUGGGAGUGUCGCUCUGGUGGGGUACCCGCUUUCCCUGUCCAUGGGCCUGCUGCAGAUGGACAGGAAAAUGACGGCAAAUGUCCUCACCUGGAGUCUGAAGAAUCGGAUCCUUCAUUUGGGGAACUUUCCAACUGUGACGAAAUGAAAUCCCCACCCAAAUCAGACAGGCCGGAGCUGGAGCUGCCCUCGCUGGCCUGCAAUGGAACCUCUGUGAGGGCACUGGGCUCUCCUGAGGGUCCCAAAGCUAAGACAGAACCCGAGAAGAAAUUCAACUGCGGCAUCUGCGGUCAGGCCUUCCGCACCAAGUCCUACCUCAGGAAACACCAGCACAGAGUGCACAAAACGCCCAGGGCUCAGGCCGGGUCUGGAUCUGGUUUAAGCGAGCUGGCUCCCUUCUCGCCGCAGCAGAGCAUGUCUCUGCUGGAGUCCUUCGGUUUCCAGAUAGUCCAAUCGGCCUUCGCCUCCUCACUGGUGGACGCGGAUGCGGGUCAAAGCGGGCUGGACUUUGGAGGGAAGUGACGCGUACGUUUGGUUUCUUAUGUUCUCCUCUAAGCCAGCUUGAUCACCUUACCCCAGUUGCUCCGUGUUUGACUAUUAACUUUGCCUCAAGACUACUUCUCUUGCUUAAUGUGUAUAUUUUUGCCAGACUGCCAUAUGAUUCCUACUUUUUCUACAUUUUCAUAGAAUGGGAAGUGCAUAUACGGUUAUGUAAUUAUCUUUGUAAUGAAAAGACAUGAAGGUGAUCUCUCCUUUGUAUCGGUUUUUGAAAAACUUUAAGUUGAUUUGAUUAUUCAUUGAGCUUUCUUAGCCACGCGUGUCUGGACGUGAUAAAUCGGCGCGUAUACCCGACGCCCCUGCUCGCUCUUCUGAAACCAUCUCGCCCUUCAGGCCGACAGGCAGAGCUUAAAUGAUUUUUUUAUGUUGCGUUUUCCCAACAUGGUUGUUUAAUCAAUUGCAUAUUCAAGAAUUUGAAUUUGUUCAAUGCAAGUAAUUUGCAUCGUUCGCAUUUGCUUUAGUCACAAGAAGAAGCAAAACACCGACAGAAGAGGAAAGUUAAAAGGCACUUUUUAUUUUGCAUUUAUCUUUUUUUUGCUCAUACAAAUCAAGAAUGAGACCGUAGAAAAACAUUUUUCUUCACUGCUGAAACCUUAAAUGAGGUGACGGUCAUCAGCUUGCACAAAAGUGACCAAGUUCAAAACGGAAACUCGCCAUUAUCCCGUUAGCAAUUAUUUACCCCAAACGAUAACGUUCCCAAAAUCCUUUGUGUUCCGAACAUUUACUCACCGAUCGGGGACCAAGGGCAGGUGAAUUAUCGUAAUAUAUUUUAAUAAAUGUAGAUUUCUAUUUUAUUAACUUAUUUAUACCCCUUCUUUCGGGUGAAGUUUUGUUUCUUUAUGUGUGUAAAUGUCAAACUGAUCUGUCAAUUUUGAAGCUCUCGUAAGUUAUGUUUUAGGAGAUGUGCGAGUGUGCGAACAUAUGUGUUAAAGGGCAUGUGACCAGGCAGCAGCCAGACCAAUCAUAAACACAAAUGAGAAGUUUCUACUGUAUUGUUUAAUGGAAAUGUACUAAAGAAAUGUGGGAAUAUUUGAAUAUUCGAGCCAAUGCUCAGCUAGGAAGGAUAAACAUUUCCACAUAUGACAACUCGAGUUCCGAGUAAUAUUUUCUUUUGUCUCUUUUGCAUUGACCAACUAGUCGCACCAAGUGAGGUGUGUUGCGUGUUCCAUCUCCUACUUAUUGUUUUGAAUAGAGUGACUGUAUUGUCUGUUUCUAUAUUAUUUAUGCUUAUAUCGUGAAGUGUAACAAGUGUAUAUAUACGCCAUCCAUAUGCACAUUCUAUAAAUAUAUAUAAAUAUUGACCGAAUCAAUGAGGUUUUGUUACUGGUGGACCUGUACAUAAGCAACUUGUUUUGCUUUUGUCCGUUGUGCUAGAAGCUUGUUAAAUUAUGUUACAACUUUGGCUGAGUGUCAAUCAAGUAUGCGCGGUCACAAUGUCAGCUGCUUGCUUUUUUUGUUAUUUUGUUGCGAUCCAUUCUUUCACGAAAGGCUUGUGUUGUUAUUGGAGGACAUGGUGAAUUUGCUUCACUUGCAUUGGUACUUAAUUGUUAAAGAGCUUUGUUUUCCUUUAGCCCUAAAUGUUUGGCUUUUUUGAUCUGUUGCAAAGUGCCUUCCACAUACUGAUUGUGCACAGCAGUGGAUUUAAAGGUUGUCUUUCAGAGAAUUGUACCGUGACUUACAUUGGAACUUUGAUUUUCUACAAAACACAAAAUGUACAGAAUCUGAACUUGGUAUUACUAUAUCGUCAUAUAAAACACGCUCACAAAAAAAAAAAAAAAAAAAAGCUUUUAAAACAUGUGCGCUACAUGUUUUGUUAUCACGUAUUUGGACAAAUUUCCGUAUAAGCAGCAUACUUUUCUACAGUAUAAAUCUUUUGUUUUUGUACUCUGUUAUUGAGUCUCUUGUUGCUACAGAGACGAGGAUCCAAUAAAUUGCAAUGGAAAAGCCUGUCAUCUGCACUGUCAGUGAUCUUUUUCUUUACAAAGUGAUAUUAAAACACUGAACUAUUGGAUAUCAUUAUUUACAAGACAUUUACCGUAAUUUUCGGACUAUAAGACGCACACUUUUCCCCUCAUUUUGAAUCCUGCGGUUUAUAGUCCAGUGUGACUUAUUAGGUAACCUGUCAUAAGCAUUCAUUAAUGCUGAUGACUGUGUCAUGUCAUAAUUAUGAUUGCCUUAUGACGUGAAGGAAUCCGACCUAGCCAGACCGCCGGAAUCUCGCUGUCGCAGAUCCAAUGGCCCGGGCUGGCAGGACUCCGGCAAUCCGGCCAGAAGGUCAAACUCUCAAGCGAGCAGGCAAUCUCCUUCUGGGGAUACCCGCUUCUAAAUCUAAAACUUGUCCUUUUACUUUUUUAUUCGCCCGGCCUAAACUACGACCAUGGACUGUGUACUUGAUACGUUUUUUUUUUUUUUUAAACACUCUAUUACUCGAAUUAUCCACUGCAUAUUACCACAAUACAACAAUUACCGUUAGACAAAACACAAAUGG